AUGGCAAUCCCCAGCGGCAUUAAUAUCCCUUGUGGAUUCGACAGUAUCGACGAGUACGUAGUAGUACUGAAGCAGAUGUACAAAGAGUUCGCCUAUCUGCCCGCGAUGCACAUUGUUGACUUUUUGGUGGAGGACCAUUGGAGCGAGCUUCCCCAGGACUGGCAAGAGUACUUUGACUCGAGUGCAUUUGACAUUGAGAGCCUGAUUCCAAUGGCCUCCCAGGGCCAGGUGCCUGCGGAUUCGCCAGAGUCGCUGAGCGGCUUUGUCCGGCAGAUGUUUGGGCUGCGAUUUCCGCGCGACAAAAUCGACACGGGCGCCUCCGACGACAAAGUAGCAGUAGGCGAUAUCCAAAAAUACUUCCUCAACGGCAUGAAGCCCAAGAAACAAGCAGAGGUCAUUGAUCUAGCACACCUGGUCAGCCAAGUUGCCCGCGAAACCGGCACCGAGCUCGUGGUCGACGUGGGAGCCGGGCAAGGGUAUUUGUCUCGGGUGGUUGCAUAUUCGGCGGCUGGCAGCCGGGCGUCAGUGCUGGCGGUGGACUUUGCGCAAGGCCAGAAGCGCGGCGCCGAGACAUUCCAGAAGCGACUGAUCAAGCAGCUGCGCGGAAAGAAAGCACAGACGGACGGGUACCGGUGGCAGGAGGGCGAUGAGCAGCGGCUGGUGCACUGCGUGGUAAAGGUUGGCAUGGAUAGCACCGGCGAGCUGGUGCAGAUGGCGCGUGACCAGGCGGGUGGCCGCAAAUGGAUGCUGUGCGGGCUGCAUGCGUGUGGCGAUUUGUCCAGCGCUAUCCUCAAGGCGUUUGUCGAGUCGGACGCGUCGGCGGUGGCGCUGGUCCCGUGCUGCUACAAUUUCAUCUCGGAGAACUGCGGCGACAUGUCAGGAUUCCCGUUGUCGACUGCGUUUGCGGGUGUCGAAAUCGGCAUGAAUGCGCUGAAGACAGCGUGCCAAGCGACAGUGCGCUGGGAGGGCAAGCCAAGCGAGACAAUGGAGUCAUUCAAGCGCAACUACUUCCGCGCCUUGUUGCAUUACUUUAUGAUCUUGAAGGGCCAGCUGUCAAAGCACGACAGAUUCCCGACUGUGGGCGGCGUGACCAACACCGAGCUGGCCGAGGCAGUGGAGCGCGAGCAGAUGCAGGACAUGGCCGAGGGCAUCGACAAGGAGUUUGCGCUGUAUGUGUAUGCGGCUUUGCGCAAGAUGCAGAGUAGCUGGCACCCGAGCCUGGGCGAAUGCCUUGAGUGUCGUCGGAGCAUGGAGCACGGGUUCAGGCAGAUGGCGGUGGUGUGGACGCUGCGGUCGAUAGUCGGGCCGCUGAUCGAGGGCAUGCUGGUGGUGGAUCGCGCCAUGUACCUGGCCCAGCACUGCAGCAGCAUCAGCGCCUUUGCGCUGUUUGACCCUGUCACUUCCCCGCGCAACGUCGGUGCUGGUCGCGCGCCGCUGAAUGACGCCCUGGAUGUCCCAGAAGCCCGGCGGCUGAAAUGUGAAAAAACUUUUGAGGCGCUUUGUUUUCCUGUCUGUGAUUGGCUCAUGCUGAACCUCAAUAAAAUAAAUCGCCACUUUGCGAUCUCUCGCAAUAUCUUUCCCCCUUUGCAGCCAGCAGAUACCCACAUACACUUUGCCGGGCAAUAUUAUUAA